AUGAAGGCACGUAAAAUAGCAGUGGUUGGCUCCAGAUCCGUCGGAAAGUCAUCUAUGACGGUUAGAUACGUUGAAGAUCAUUUUGUGGAGUCAUACUAUCCAACUAUUGAAAACCAGUUCUCCAAAACUAUAACUUAUAAAAAUCAAGAAUAUCAAGUGGAGAUUUUAGAUACUGCUGGCCAAGAUGAAUUCUCUAUCAUGAAUCAGAAACAUCUCAUUGGUGUACAUGGAUAUCUUUUGGUUUACUCGGUAACAUCAAGACAAUCGUUUGAAUUGAUUGAAGUCAUCCGCGACAAGAUCUUAAACUCCAUUGGAAUAGAUAAGAUACCUAUGGUUUUGGUUGGUAAUAAGAAUGAUUUGAACUAUCAAAGGCAGGUCGAAGAGCUGGAAGGUAAGAGGUUGGCUAACCAAUUUGGGUGCGCCUUUUUAGAAACUUCUGUUAGGGAUAACAUAAAUAUCAACAGGACUUUUGAGUACUUGAUUGAUGAAAUUGAGAGCAUACAGAAUCCAACGGUCAAGCAAGAAGAUAAGUGUGUGAUUAUGUGA